UAUACGUCAUUGCUUACAACUCGUUGUUUAUUUUACGGUGUUUCCGGUAAAAUGUGAGUUUUUGGGCUGAAACCGGAGCGAGGCCGAGCAGUUAAGAACCGUUUUAUCAUGACCGGAAGGAUUUAACCCGACAGGAGGCUCCAGCAGAGCUUCCGUCCCGACGAGGAGGGCCGGAUUGGACCCUCUGGAGGACCACUUUUGGACCACGGGCCGAGUGUUGGACACCCCUGGACCAGCAGCAGAACCAGAAGGUUCCUCCUCCCUGAGAGCCAUGGGCCGGCUGGACGACGCUGCCAAACACAAGGUGGUGGAGCUGCGGAAGGCCGGUCUGAGUUUCCGGAAGAUCAAAGCUGUGCUGGAGCUGGAGAACAUCAAGGUGUCUGCUCAGGCCAUCUACCUGUUCCUGAGGGAGUUCCAGGGGAGACCUCCAGGGCGGGUGAGGCCUGCAGAGGCCGGAAGCAGCUCAUCUCCAGUCCAGAUGCAGCCUCGAACCGGGCCGAUGCAGGAGAGCUGGAGCAGCGUUCAUCUGCAGAACCUGCUGCGGGACUCGUCUCACCACGCCGGCUUCACGGCUGCAGACUUUCCCAAACAGACUUCCACAACUCCAGAAGCCGCUGCAAAUUCUUCUGGACCUGCGGAGAACCUCGGAGGCAGUCGGUCAGAACAGCAGCACGAAGGAAACAAGGAGGAGAACGACAUCCAGAUCGUCAGCGUCACGUCUCUGGCCCAGCAGAGACCUCAGACCUCCAGGCCAGAGGCCGGAGCUGCUUCCAUGAGGAGGAGAGUCACACCUUCUCCAGCCACCAGCUCCAUGCUGGCAGCGAGGAAGAGACUCCUGGAUAAAGCUCUGUCCCACCGGAUGAAGUCUUUCCACCAGGUGGCGUCCUUGUUGAGGAGAGAUCAGUCCAGUGUCCAGGGUUCUGAUCUGAGGUCUGCUCUGCCUGAAACCUACGAUCUGACCUCCGACAAGACGGUGGUGGAGGCCCAGCCUGGAGGUGGCAGCGCCCCCAGACGUUUCCUGACCCAGAGACCAGGCCUGUCUGUGCGCUCCUUCCACCCUCCUCCUCGAGUCGGGAUCCGUCUUCCAAACCGGCCGCUAGCAGCGUUAGCGUCGUCUGGCCCUGGAGCCGCCGUGAUCCGCCUCCACGCCCCGGGCCGCAGCGAGGGGAACCCGAGUCCUCAGCAGGUCCAGGACGGAGCAGCCAGAGGUCUGCCGGACCAGAUCCAGGCGCUGGGCUCGGAGGUGCGCAGUCUGAGCCUGGCGGUGAAGAUGCUGGUGGAGCAGCAGUGCCGGCUGGAGAGGGAACAGGUCCAGCAGACGCAGGUCCAGAAGCAGAUCCUCAGCACCCUCCAGACCCUGGCCUCCAAAGUCGGACAGUGUAGCAGCGUUCAGCAGCAGCAAACCAAAACCCCGUCCCCUUCUGCUGCCCCCUCCUUCAGCCAGGACUCCUUCAGCUUCAGCCAGAGCUCCUACCCCCAGAGCCAGCCGGCCUUCAGCCCUCUGGAGGCUCUGGAGACUUCAGAGGCCUUUAAACUGCCUGGACUGAGUCCCGCCGGCAUGAACGGGUUUCCACCUUGUAGCAGCGCUGAGAGCCUCCCCCUCAGCCACUCCUCCCCCCAGCCACAGACAUAUUACUCCCAGCAGAGCAGCCUGAUGUCCUACAGUCAGCCCUACUCCACCUUCAGCCAGCCCCAGACCUUCAGAGCAGCUCACAGCAAAACAUCCGACUUCAGCAGCAGCUUCCAGGACUGCAGCGUGUCGACGGCGAGCCUGAUGACGUCUGCACACCCGACCCAGGACCGGCAGGUCAGCAGCAUUAAGGUGGAGGGGCCGUAGGAGGUCCAGAUGUUUGGGACCAGAAGGGCUCAGAUGGUUCCUUGGACUGGUUGUUGAGGCUCACGUGUUUUUAACAAAUAAUGUAGCAUUUUUUAAAUUUAUUUAAACAGUGAAUUUUCAAAAGCAAUAGAAUAAAAACUGAUUCCAGAUUUCUGUCAGUAGAACGGCAUCAGACUGUCUGCUGAUCACAAUAAAGAGCUGAUUUAAAACACG